AUGCUAGGAAGAUAUCAGAGUAACCCAGGAAUUGAUCACAGGAAAUCUGCAAAGAAAGUUUUGAUGUACCUGAAAGGAACGAAGGAUUACAUGAUCACAUAUAGGAGAUCCAACAGUUUGGAAGUCAUUGGAUACUCGGAUUCAAAUCAUGGUGGAUAUGUUGACACUAGAAAUUCCACUUUUGGUUACCUGUUCCUAUUAGCUAAAGGAGCAAUAUCGUGGAAGAGUGCUAAGCAAUCCGUCAUUGCUACAUCCACAAUGGAAGCCGAAUUUGUGGCAUGUUUUGAAGCCACAAUUCAUGAAUUAUGGCCGCGAAACUUUAUUUCAGGACUUGGGGUUGUCGACACCAUUACAAAGCCACUGAAAAUUUAUUGUUCUUCUCCAAGAAUGAUAAGUACUCCAAAGGUGCCAAACAUAUGGAAUUAA